AUGGCGACUUCGACGGGCAGUUCAAUGCCCAUGUCAACUUCCAGCUCCAGCGCUAUGGAUAUGGAGCAAAUGAACAUGGUCUUCUUCACUUCCACGACGACACUCCUUUGGACAAAGUCUUUCGCACCCGAGACAACAGGACAGUAUGCAGGUGUCUGCAUUUUCCUCAUGGCCCUUGCCACUAUUUUACGCAUGUUGCUUGCGUUACGCGUCAACUUUUAUAGCAUCAGGGAUGGUCUCAGACGGAGGCGAACGAAAGGUCUACUAGUGGAAUCCCGAGGUAUUGAGACUUUCAAUCGGCCGUGGAGAGCGAAUGAGGCUAUGAUAUUGGGAGCGAUAGAUGUUUUGAUCGCCGGCGUGAGCUACUUGCUCAUGCUCGCAGUCAUGACUAUGAACGUUGGCUAUUUCCUUUCCAUCUUGGCUGGGGUGUUUAUCGGAAGUGUUUGCUGUAGUCGCUUCUCAGUAAACCUGAGUCUACAUUAG